UUAUAGUGGUAAUAUAUUUUACUCCCUUUGUAUAUAAAAAAAUGAUGUUUUGGAUUUUAUUAUGUAUUUUAAAAAUGUUUUAAACUUUAAUUAAUGCGAUUUUCUUUAAAAUUAUAAUUUAGAAAUAUGAAUAGUAUAAUUUUAUUUGGGAAUCAAACAAAAUUUAUAAAAAAAAAGUUAAUAGAUAAGUGUAUGUAUUUAUUUUUUACUAAUAUGUGUGUAUAUAUUAAAACAUUUAUCUUUUAAAUAUAAAAUAUGGAAGGAAUAAGUGUUUAUAAUCAAAUAAUACUAAAAACGAAAUAAAUAAUUAGUAGAUAAGUGUAUGUAUUUAAUUUUUAUUAAUAUAUGUGUAAAUUUUAAAACAUAUCUUUUAAGUACAGAGGGAGAGUAAGUAUUUUAUGCUACUCCCUGAUGCUAACUAAAUUGUUGUAUGCAGUAGAGAUGGUGUAACAAAGGUAACAUUGCUUACACUUAGCAAAAUUCUGGGCCCUUUAAGUGGAACUUUGUUUGGCCCAUUAAUUACAAAAAAAUAUAAAAACAAUUUAAAGAGAGCGCCCAGAAAAUCAAAAGUUGGUGGGUCUUUCUCGCAAGUCAGCUAAAUGAAAUGAUUAAUAAACCCUAAUUACGAACAGCUUCACUCCAGCGACGACGACCACAAUGAUGAUCUCUCGUCGAUUAGCUUCCAAAUUCCUUAAACCCCUAUCUUCUUCUUCUUCAUCCCUCAACGCCUCUCUUCAUCAUCAUCUCCACUCCUCUUCUCCUAUAAGAAACCAUUUGAUCCACGAAUCCAAAAUUAACAAACUAAGUCUCUUAAGAUCCUUCUCUGCUUUAGAGAAGCUGCGAUCUCAAACAUGGUCGUCAACGAGGUACAUCUCAACACCGAGCGGAGAAGCCAACCCAAACCCAGAGGUGGAGCCGGCCAAGAUGAAGCACCAGGAGAUCGAAGGCCCAACGGUGGAACGCGACGUGUCAGCGCUAGGGAACGAGACGAGGCAAGUCUUCGAAGGGAUGAUGAAGAACAUGUACAGUCUAAGCGGAGCCAUGGCUCUUCUCGGUUUAACUCAAUUGAUCGUCGGAGGGACGAUCCUGUACGUUACUCGAUCGAAUCCGAUGCACGAGGUGACGAUUCAGAGCUGCGUGGCGUUUGGUUUCCCGUUCGCGGUGGCGUUGAUGCUGAGACGGUCGUUGAAGCCGAUGUGUUUUUUCAAGGAGAUGGAGGAAGCUGGGAGGUUGCAGAUUCUGACUUUGACGUUACAGGUUGCGAAGAGUCUUAAUGUGUUGUUCGUUAGAGCUCGUGUUGUGUCUAUCUUGUGUGUUGUUGGGUUGUCUUGUGGAAACGUGUUCCUCUUGUUGUCUCCAUGAAAAUGGAGCAAAUAUAUACAUUUUUAUUGUUGUUUUAAUAUCAUUACAAAAGAACACGUUUAUCAAAUAGGUUUUGAGAAUGAUUAUUUAUAGAGAAAGAAAUAAAAUUUGAAAA